AUUUCUGGAAAAGAAGAAAAAUAUUAUUUUAGUAGUUUACUUUUUAUUUUAGUUAUUACAAAUUAUAAUUAUUAAAACUUGAAUACUCAAAAAUAUGAAGAAAAUGAAAACUAAUAUUAUAAUAACGAAGAGACUACACAUACAUAUAAAAGAAAUAUUAUGUUUCAGGAACAUCAUGGCUCAAAUGGAGCAACAACUACCUAUACCUAUGCCGGAUUUAAGUACUCUUCGUAUAACAACUGCAGUUUCUAUGCUUGGUAAAGCAUAUGGAUGCGGACAGUGCAGUGCCCCCCCACCUGGACCAACAACAAGUACUUCUGUUGGAACGGCCGGAGCAACUGGGAGCAAUGUCGUCGCUCCUAGUUCUUUGGGCCUCGUUCCUGCACAACAAACACAUACUCCGCCUCAACCUCCAGAACUGCCAAUGUUUUCAUGCCCACGAAGGCCCAACAUAGGUCGUGAAGGUAGACCAAUUGGAUUGAGAGCAAAUCAUUUCCAAAUUACAAUGCCACGAGGCUAUGUGCAUCAUUAUGAAAUUAAUAUACAACCUGACAAAUGCCCUCGCAAAGUCAAUAGGGAAAUCAUAGAAACAAUGGUACAUGCAUAUAGCAAGAUUUUCGGAACUCUUAAACCUGUGUUUGAUGGAAGAAAUAACCUGUAUACAAGGGACCCUUUGCCUAUUGGAACUGAUAAAAUAGACUUAGAGGUAACACUGCCUGGUGAGGGUAAAGAUCGUGUUUUCAGAGUGGUAAUAAAAUGGGUAGCUCAGGUUUCAUUAUUUGCCUUAGAAGAAGCGCUCGAAGGACGUACAAGACAAAUUCCAUAUGACGCUAUUCUUGCAUUAGAUGUUGUAAUGAGACAUUUACCAUCGAUGACUUACACACCAGUAGGUAGAUCAUUUUUCAGUAGUCCGGAUGGAUAUUAUCAUCCAUUAGGUGGAGGCAGAGAAGUAUGGUUUGGCUUUCAUCAAUCUGUGAGACCGUCUCAAUGGAAAAUGAUGUUGAAUAUUGAUGUUUCUGCAACUGCAUUUUAUAAAGCUCAACCUGUCAUAGAAUUUAUGUGCGAAGUAUUAGAUAUUAGAGAUGUAAACGAACAAAGGAAACCACUUACAGAUUCUCAAAGAGUUAAAUUUACCAAAGAAAUCAAAGGGCUCAAAAUAGAAAUAACUCAUUGCGGAACGAUGAGACGAAAAUACAGAGUAUGCAAUGUUACACGUAAACCGGCACAAAUGCAAUCAUUCCCGCUGCAAUUGGAAAAUGGACAAACCGUCGAAUGUACCGUUGCAAAAUACUUUUUGGACAAGUAUAAAAUGAAAUUGCGUUAUUCGCAUCUUCCUUGUUUGCAAGUGGGACAGGAACAUAAACACACAUAUUUACCACUUGAGGUGUGUAACAUUGUAGCGGGACAACGUUGUAUAAAAAAGUUAACAGAUAUGCAAACGUCUACUAUGAUUAAAGCAACAGCACGUUCAGCACCAGAUCGCGAACGAGAAAUUAAUAAUUUAGUAAGGCGAGCUGACUUUAAUAAUGAUUCUUAUGUUCAAGAAUUUGGUUUGAGUAUAUCAAACAAUAUGAUGGAAGUUCGAGGCCGUGUAUUGCCUCCACCCAAAUUACAAUACGGAGGGCGCGUAAGUUCCCUCAGUGGACAGACGAAACAACAAGCAAUGCCCAAUCAAGGUGUUUGGGAUAUGCGAGGUAAACAGUUCUUCACGGGAGUUGAGAUCAGAGUAUGGGCAAUUGCUUGUUUUGCCCCGCAAAGAACAGUACGAGAAGACGCGUUACGCACAUUCACCACACAAUUGCAAAAAAUAAGUAACGAUGCUGGAAUGCCAAUUAUCGGACAACCAUGUUUCUGUAAAUAUGCUACUGGGCCAGAUCAAGUUGAACCUAUGUUUCGAUAUUUAAAGUCGACUUUCCAAGCAUUGCAAUUAGUGUGCGUUGUGCUACCUGGGAAAACUCCUGUAUAUGCUGAAGUCAAAAGAGUAGGAGAUACGUUACUCGGUAUGGCAACUCAGUGCGUACAGGCGAAGAAUGUCAAUAAGACAUCUCCUCAAACUUUAUCAAAUUUAUGUCUGAAGAUUAACGUGAAAUUAGGUGGCAUCAAUAGCAUUCUGGUACCAAGUAUCAGACCAAAAGUUUUCAACGAGCCCGUUAUAUUUUUGGGAGCAGAUGUAACUCAUCCUCCUGCCGGAGAUAAUAAAAAACCUAGUAUAGCUGCUGUAGUAGGCAGUAUGGACGCUCAUCCAUCGAGGUAUGCAGCCACGGUUAGGGUACAACAACAUAGACAAGAAAUUAUACAGGAGCUCAGUUCGAUGGUCAGGGAACUUCUUGUUAUGUUUUAUAAAAGUACUGGAGGAUAUAAACCACAUAGAAUAAUUCUCUAUCGCGAUGGUGUAUCGGAGGGACAAUUUCUUCACGUCUUACAACAUGAAUUAACUGCCAUUCGUGAAGCUUGUAUCAAACUUGAAGCUGAUUAUAGGCCUGGCAUUACUUUCAUCGUAGUUCAAAAAAGACAUCACACUCGUUUGUUCUGCGCAGAUAAAAAAGAACAGAGUGGAAAAAGUGGCAAUAUCCCGGCUGGUACAACGGUUGACGUUUGUAUAACUCAUCCAACAGAGUUCGAUUUCUAUCUCUGCAGUCACCAAGGUAUUCAGGGAACAUCUAGACCAUCUCAUUAUCACGUUCUCUGGGAUGACAAUCACUUCGAGAGUGAUGAAUUGCAGUGUCUUACGUAUCAAUUGUGUCAUACGUAUGUAAGGUGUACAAGAUCCGUCAGUAUACCUGCACCAGCUUAUUAUGCCCAUCUUGUGGCAUUCAGAGCUAGAUAUCAUCUAGUAGAAAAGGAACACGAUAGCGGGGAAGGAUCUCAUCAAUCAGGCUGUAGCGAAGAUAGGACACCAGGUGCAAUGGCACGAGCAAUUACUGUUCAUGCAGACACAAAAAGAGUUAUGUACUUUGCAUAAUUCUAUCGAUGUUGUUUUCUGUAAAAAUCGAAGCACCACAUUAAUGAUAAUCAUCAUAUCUUGGACAUAGGAAACAAUUCUAGACUACUUAAAUGUUAAACGAUCUUCUUGAGUGGUCAAUUUUUUUUUACUUUUAUAAUUAUAAUAAGUCUAUCCAAAAGCGCUGAUACAAGUGGGAGAUCAAUAUUUCGAAUUCCGCUUAACGUGAUUGGAUAGACUUUCAAAAUCAUUUAGGAAGUAAGUUUUAAAGGAGGUGCUUUUAGUUAAUCAUGUUUUAAAGUAGAGUGGAGCAUUUUGCAGCUUAGCCGAUUGGUUGUUGCAUGGAAAAGUUCACAUAGACAAUUAAUAAUUAAAAAAUCGGCUGCAACGCACAUUACGCUUAUUUUUUUAGAGGUCUUAGUAUCUCUUGCAUUUGUAUGAUAUAAAUGGUCAGAUUGCUGGAUAAAAUUACAAUUAUAUAGAUCGCUUUAUGCGAGACUGUUAUACGUUUGAAUAUCAUUUGGUGUAAAUUGAAUUUGCCAGUCUUUAUGGAUGUUUUAGAUUGAUCGAUAAUGCGAUUACCAUGCUGAAAAGAUCUUAUAAAGAUAUGAUGAUGUAUGUAAGAUUACGUUUAUCAUCCAGCGUGGGCGCGAGGUUUGCGUUCUAAAACAAUGAAGCAAUGAUAAAUGCAUUAGUAAAUAAAAAGCGAACGUAGAAAAGAAUUUAUAAAGGAAUAGAGCACAAGAGUCCAGGCAGCGUCAGAAAGAGCAGCUUUAGAGUGCGAACCUCUGAGACCUACAACAAAUUUUGAAUGUAUAAAAAUCUAAAAAAAAGUUGGCCACUUCAAGUCAUGAAGUUUGAAUGAAAGGGUAAAAUAUUAAACGAGUAAAUUGUGUAAAUGUUAAUUGCCAAGAACUCUGCAAGCCAACGGCCAAAGUAAGUUAGAGAUUUACUAGAGUCAAAUUGAAAGUGAUAAUUAUGGCGAAACAAUUUGUUAUGUAAUCCCUAUAGUGUCAGAAAAUCACAUUGUGCCACAUCUAACUAAUAACAUGCUGCUAUCUUUUAUAUGGCAUAAUUUUGAUCAGUCUAAAUCUAAUGUCACCGUUCACAGUGAUUAUGAGAAUUAAUUUGAAGAUAAAAUCAUGUAACAUAUCUUUACGAGUAUAGGGAAUACAUUGAAGGGGAGUUUUAAGAACAUUUUCUAUAUGAAGUAUAUUUAUUUGUUUUUAAUAUUUAAGCGAAUACACCAUUGAAAAUGUACAAAGACAUUAGUUUUAUUUAUCUCACAUUUUAGUUUUCACUAUUACUGUUUAUUUUUUUAAAUAUGUGGCACAUAACUCACUCCUAAUUAAAUAAACACAUAUACUGACGCUGUCUGAACUGAGAUGGCACGCGAAGUUUAAUAUUGACGAUAUUAAAAAAUGUAAUGAGAGAAUUGGAAUGAAAGUAAGAAAGUUUUGUACAGUACACAAAAUAUUAUAAUCAUGCUGAUAAAAGAUACUUAUGAUUUAAGUUGAACUAGACGUUACAGGGCAUUAGAUCUGGGCUGAUAAUAAAGCCUCGUUAAUGCAGGAAAAUAUUAAAAUAGCAGUAAGAUAUUGAUUCAAUAAUAACACAGAACGUGUGAAGAAAUAUUAAAUUCUAGGAUAAGAUAUGUUUUACUGCAAACGUAAUGCAAAACUUUAAGGUCCUUACAAUUUUACUAUGUCGAGUCAUUUAAUUGAGAUUCCUUCUCGUAAGUGGAAUCGAUUUCAAUAAUCUUUUAGAACAAUAAUCGAUACAAUAAUUGUAUUAAAAGACUUGGAAGAGCUAUUAAUGUACAACCAAGAGAUAGGAUAAUGUAAUUUAUAAUUGUGUAUCGAUGUCGCCGCACGCCAGAGGACAAUUAUGUAUUUUUCGAAUCAUUAAUACAUCGAUAAAAUGAUUAUGUUGUGAGAAGAAUUUUUAUUUUCGUGAGAUAUUGUCAUUCGGGGGAUAUGUUUUUAUAUGAUUUUAGUAAAUUAUAAAUCAGUAUUAUUACCGGAAAAUUAAAAAAAAAAAAGAAAGUAAGAAAAGAAAGCAAUUCACAUAAAAACAAAAAAAAAAAAUAGAAUAUAUCAAUUUUCAUAUAUCUCAUUGACUUAUGAUUAGCCAAUACGUACAUACUCGAGAUAUGUGUUAUCAUUUGUCUGUAUUAAUGAUUCUGACAUUAGGCUUACAAGUGAUACAAAUGUAAUAUUAUUCUCGAAAGUAUGAAAAAAGGACCUUAUAUUAUCAAUAAUAUUUAUUGCAGUUAUAUAUUUAAGUAUAUAGUUUAAGAGAUUAUAUCUAUACCACUUAUAGUUGGAUCAUUUAAUACUUAGUUUUUGACUAUGUAAAAAUUAAGCAACUUUUUAUUAUGAUUUCAUAAUAGCGCAUAUUUCUUUUGAGCAUAUACAUAAAAUGAUUUGAUGGUUUUGAUUCAUCAAAAAAAAAGAAAAAAAGAAAAAAAAAAAAAGAAAAAAAACUUUACAAAGGCAGCAUGUGAACGUAAUUAUCAAAGUAGUAUAGUGGAAUGUAUGCGAAAUUGCAUAGAAGAAAAGAGAAAAGUCUUAUCCGUGUUGUUGAAAAUGUAAACGGGAACCAAAAUGUGUACGCAGAAAUAAUUAGUAGGAUAUUACGAACCAUCGAUUUUUGAAUUGUAACGAGACCAUACAGAUCUAUUAGUUUUAAGUCGACCUAUGCACGAGAAGCAGCUACAACUGUAAUCAGGGCGCAAGUAAAUACCAAAAAAAAAAAAGAAGAGAAAAGAAAAGUAAACAAAAAAAAAGAUAAAGACUUUGGAAACAGAAAGGAAGCAUAAAGUGGAUGUAAAAUAGAAAUAAUGAAUUUUAUUAACGUAAUAGGAAUAAUGUUCAAAUUGACAACCAUUAAAGUCCUGUUAAGUCCGAUUUCGUGUACGCGGCCCUCUAUGAAUUUUCUUGCGAUAAAAAUAACCAAGGUCAGACUAAAUCGAUAUUUUCCUGCGCCUAUAAAGAAAUUAGCCUCCAUUUGUAAAUAUACCUCAUUAACUUAUCCGUAGGAUCAUUUUCCACAUUGUCUGUAAACGCAGGCAAGAACGCUUAAUAAUUUGUAAUUUUUAUCUUGUAAGAGGUUGGAGAGAAAUAGGGUAUUCGUUAUACUUGUCAUGAUGAUCAUUACUUUUAAGUCAAUAUUGCAAAAUAUUAUUGUAACAAUAAUCAGACAAAAACUUCAUUGAAAAAUUCGGUUUUAUAAUAGCUUGAAAGAUUAUUUCAUUCUGAUUUAAACGAAUAUUUUAAACGAUUAAGCCAUUGAUGAAAUUAAACGGAAAAAAAAAGAAAAAAAAAAAAAAGAACGGGUGUAUAAAAUGACUUUAUUAGCGUGUAACAAAUUAAUCGGAAUUUAUUCCGAUGCGAUGAAUUCACUUUUACUAUCUAAUAUCUCAGAGAUAUUUUAAGUUGUAAGGCAAAUAAUUUAUAUGUGUAUUAUACUUGUACACAUGUGUACGUACGCGAGCAUGUAACGAGCAUGUGCGUACGUAUGUGUACCGGUAUAUACACCAUGCAUACUUAUAUAAAUACAUUUUAUCACUGAUUCAUUCGUACACAAAUGCUGUUCACGAAGUAUACAUAUGAAUUAUAAUACAAUCUUAAAACAAAAAAAAAAGAAAAAAGAAAAAAAAGAAAACCAGUAACAUGUGAGCGAUACCCAUGUAUUUUGAAAAGCUUAACAGAUUACAUUAUAAUCAUUGUAUCUAAACGAUUAAUUCUUACUACUAAUAAGCGGGCUCUUAUACUUGAAAAGUAUAUAUUUGCUUUGAAAUUGGUAUAAUCAAUGUUUUGCAAAGUGGCAAUCUCCUUAAUAUAUGCAAUAUUUAUGAUAUAUGAGUCGAACAGAUAAAAAUCAUUAUUACCAAUUAACUUUCUCACACAUUUUCUCACAUUUUUGCACAGUAUUAAUAUUAACCCACAUUUCAUUUAACGAGCCAAGUCAGUUAUUUCAUAUAUUACUGCACAAAAUUCGUAAAUAAGUUUAAUAUGCAAAUAUAUCUUAGGUAGAAAAAGUAAUUCGUAAAGCGCCACCAAAGACGCUGUUGCUGCGAUAUUAUAAUUUUUCCAAAUCUUGUUUAUAUCAAACGAAAGAGAAAUUGUUGAAUAAACGGUAGCAAAUUUGUUAUUAAAAAGGGCGUAUGAUGUUUAAAUUCACGAUUAAACGUGCACAAGGGUACCUUUUUCUUUUAAUACGUUGUAGAAAUGAAAAUAUUCGAGGUAUGCGUGAACCAUUUGAUUUUUAAUGUAGAAACAUUUUUAAAAUAGGCAAUACGAUACGACGCGAAAGAUACAUAUAAUAUUUUUUAUUUUUAUUUUUUUUUUUUUUUAAUUUUCGAGUUUAUUGUCAUUCGCUACGCCGUGUUACCUUUAUAACACCGUUAGAAAGUCAUAAUUUUAGAUUAUAAGUUUAUUAUUGCUUAUUUCAUAUACGAUUGUAUAUGCAACAUAUUAGAUGUACAUGUAUAUUUCUUGAUAUCACAGCUUUAAGUGGGUAACAAGCUACAAAACGACUGGUAGUAGCGCUCACAGUACAUUGUAAUGCAUGCUAUGGUUUAAUAAUAUAAGUUGAUAAUUAUAUAUUAUUUACACAUUCUUAAUUCUUCGUGGAUAAUAAGCCUGAGGAGAUAUCGGUACAUUGAAAAAUAAUUGAAAUAACAAUAAAUUUAAGAGCGAUCGAAGAUGUAUUGUAAAAGUAACGCUUUAUAAGCUUAGUAAUAAUUUAUAAUUUAUAAUUUUAAUUUAUAAUACGUAUAAUGUAAUUGGAAUCAUUUUUCGUUUUCUCUUCCACUUAUAAUGUGUUACUUGGAAAGGAUAUGAUGACUAUUGAAAGUUGAUCUCGAAAGAAGGAACGUUGCGUUUGAAAUACCAUUUGUUUCACGACUGCUAUCUCCGUGGCUUCGUACUUUAAUGGUGUACGAAUGGCUUUAUAACGUUUAAAUAUAAGAAACUGAUAACACAUAGUAUUUGCAAAGUAUAAGUUACUUAUAUCUUAACGGAAGUGGCCGUCGCUUCUUAGAGAUUCAUGACAUUAUACUGGAAGUAAUACCUGUACCUAUGUAAUAUUUUCUCGAAGCUAAUGGGGCAAUAUCGAAGAAAAAUUUUUCUAUUCUUUCUAUAAAAUUUGUUUAUCACAUUCGUAUCACGCAUUGAUCCACGAUCUUAUGAUCAUUUAUGCUUAUCGCAAUAGCCAUUUAACGCUCGUCAAAAUCAAUUCAUUUUAUACACAAUUCAUACACAGCAAAGUUUAUAAUCAUUAAUUAGCAUAUCCGAUCUGUGUUGUAAAGCGUCUCGAGUUAUCACUUUUUUUUCAUUAGUUCUGCGGGUGAUUUUUUGUUUCUUUUUUUUUUUUUUGAGACAUUGGCUAUUGUGGAUUGAAAAAUUGCUACAAAAUUCGUGAUCUAUAUUACAGUUUUCGGCUUGAAAUUUUUUAUAUCGUCGAAUUCUUGCAACCCAUUAACUUCUCUUGCAACAAGGACAACGUCUUUGGCACGUUGUAAAGCGUAAAAGAUAAAAGGAGGAAUAAGAGAGGAAAAUUAUUGAUUAACAUGGAGACGUUAAGAUCCCAUCGUUGUAUAAUGUUUUAGAAAGAAAAGAAAAGAAAAGAAAAGAAAAGAAAAGGAAUAAAACUACUUUCUCUGUAUCUCUACAAGUGCCUGGCGUUUCGUCCGUAAAGUGGCAAACAAUAAGAUUGAAUUAAAUAUAAAACCACAAAUAUAAACGAUCUUCGAAAUUCUAAAGAGAUGAAUAAUAUCAUGUCGCGGGUGUUGUGUAACGAUAAAGCGUCGAAGUUAUUCUGUAAUAUUUUGACGCUGUCGAUAAUAAUUAAUUAAGAGAUAAAAACUAGGCAAUUAAUAGAUAUUUGUUAAGGGGCGGGUUGUGUCGUUUUAAAUAGGACGCUGCACGCUGAAAGUAUAACAAACAUAAUUAUAUUUGUUGGAGUCUUAUCGAAAUGCCGGGUAAAAAUGUUAUUUAUUAGAGAUAAGGUAUAUAUACCUAUUAUUAAUAUAACGUAUGUAUGUGCAUAUAUAUAUAUAUAUAUAUGUACAUACAUACAUAUAUAUAUAUAUACGUAUAUGUAUGGCAUAGGUACAUAUAUAAAGGCAGAAUACCACGUAAUGCGUUAUAUAGAGCAUAACAAAAUCUGUAUAUAUACACAUACAUAUAUAAAUAUAUAUAUAUAUAAAUCCAUAUAUAUAUAUGUAUAUAUAUAUAUAUAUAUAUAUAUAUAAAAUUAAAAACAUUCACGUCACAUAUAAUAUAUGUCGAAAGAAGAAUAACGUCAACUAUGAAACUGAUUUUAAUAUGUCACACCAAUAAUUAUUAUACAUAAAAUCGUUAAAGAAAAAGGAAACUCAAAAAAUCAUUCGAUCGUUUUUUUUUUCACUUUUUAACUGAUACUUCCCGCAUCUGCAAUUACGAGAUGAUGUAUAUCGACGACUUCACGCGAGACGAAUAAAAAUAAAUCUGUAAAAUAUUUAUUAUACUAAGGCGAGAGAGGAAGAGAGAGGGAAAGGGAGAGAUAAACAGAAGAGCAGAAAGAAUGGAUAUAGUUGAAAUAUGAUAUUCAAUAUUAACAUAAUGCGUGUCGAGAAGCUUACACAAUAACAUGAUGUGCGAACAAGAAAACGUAUGAGAUAUUUUUUCUUAAAAAACUAUUUGUAUAAAAACAACCAAAGUGCAUUUCCACACAAACGGAUUAGACUUUAUUGUCGCUGACAAUUAAUAUGAGCCAUUUUAAUUAUCAUCGUUAUCAUUAUUAUCAUUGUCAUUAUCAUAAUCAUUGUCGUCGUCGUCGUCGUUAUAUUAUUAUUAUUAUUAUUAUUAUUAUUAUUAUUAUUAUUAUUAUUAUUAUUAUCAUCAUCAUUAUCAUUAUUAUUAUUAUUAUUAUCAUCAUCAUCAACAUCAUCAUCAUCAUCAUCAUUAUUAUUACUAUUAUUAUUAUUGUUAUUAUUAUUAUUAUUAUUAUUAUUAUUAUUAUUAUUAUUAUUAUUAUUAUUAUUAUUAUUAUUAUUAUUAUCAUUAUCAUUAUUAUUAUCAUUAUCAUCAUCAUCAUCAUCAUCAUCAUUAUCAUCGUCGUCGUCGUCAUUAUUAUCAUUAUCGUUAUUAUAUUACAUAGUCGGUUUUAAUACAAAUUAAUAUUAUAUCACAUUUGCACAUACAUUGUAAAAGAAUUAUUUUAACAAGAUAUUUCGCAGUCGUAGCUAAAAUCCAUGUGCACUCUCGAAAAUAAGUAGAAUAAUAAUUAUUAAUCGUCUCUGUUAUUUCUCCGUCGUUUUUAUCGUCAAUGCAAUUUUUAUCAUCCUUUUUGCUUCGUCUACAUGUGUGGUUGUGCAUAGAUCCUUAAAAAAGAGAAAGAGAGAGAGAGAGAGAGAGAGAGAGAGAGAGAGAGAGAGAGAGAGAGAGAAUAUCGAGAACCCUUUGAUAGAUAAGCGUCGAUUAAAGCGAUCUUUGCUUCGUUAUAAUUUGACGAUGCACUCUGAUAACGAAGAAAAGUCUCUCAAUAAAGUUCUCAUCCUCGUGUAAUACCUCUUACAUUACUUCGCCGUUGUAAUAUUCAUAUUACGAUUAUAUUAUCUCUAUUCAGGUAAAUGUAAAACAUGUGAAUAAUAAUUUAUGUAAACUGACCAGGAUGAGAUCUCAAAGCGAAGUAUAUAAAAAGGUAUCGCACCCACAACAGGCACUUAUACGUACCGAAUUGUGUAAUACAUGAAAUUUUACAAUAAUGUCUAGACGUAAUUUUUAGCUUCACUAUCGUAUAGAAAAUUUCGAUUAAAUGAUAAUAAUAUAUUAAUUGUAAGGUAACGCAAUUUGCGAUUAUGCUCUUGUAAAGAACCCAAACACCUAUCGGUUUCAUAUGUAUAUACGUUUUAAGCAACUAAUUAAUAUAAAUUCAUCGGAGAACUCUGUAUAAAUCUUUAAGAAAGAUUACGUUAAGUCAAUAUUUUAUGUAAUAAUGUUCAGAAUGUCAUUAUAUCGUUCGUCUGUAGGAACUUAAGAAUUUACCUCCAUCAUUCUAAGUGUAAAACGGUGACCGUCGCAUAAUAAAAAAUGCAAAUAGAGAAUUAAAGAAACAAAAAAAAAACAAAAGGAGAAAUAGAAAGAGAAAAAUAGAAAGAGAGAUAGAAAGAGAAAGAAGACGAAUAAGAAAAAUAAAUAAAUAAAUAAAUAAAAAAGAAAAAAAGAGUACUAAAAAAAUAAAAGAGGAGAUAAAUCUGCGAUGACUGAUAUGCGACGUACGCGAGAUAUUUUUGGGGAAUAAAUAUUUAUUCAAUAUUUUAUUAAUCUAUCAUCGCGAUAAAACGCAUACCGAUAGUUUAAAUAAUAGUACAUACGUGAAACUUUAAAUACCGUUGCAGAGAUAAAUAAAAAAUUCGUGUACACCUCUUCUCACGAUCACUUUCUACGCCUACGUGAUAUAUGUCGAACGUAUAAAAAGAAAUAAUAAUAAUAAAAUAAAACAAAGUAAAACGACAAACAAAAAUUACAAAGUAAAAUAAAAUAAAAUAAAAUAAAAGAAGAAAAAAAAAAGUAAAAAAUAAAGGAAUACGGAACUAUCAUCUUUUUCUCGGUCAAUUCGAAAUAAUCAUCAACAAUGUUUAAGGAAAAAUUUACGUCUCGCCGAUAUCGACACCGAUCUUCUAGAUAUUUCAAUCCUGCGUCGUGCAUAUGUGGAAAAAAAAAAUAAAAGGAACAAUUUAAACGUUAUUUAAUUAAUUGAAAUGAAACUAUAUAAAUGACAACACCAAAAAAAAAAAUCAAGUAUCGAUUUAUAAAUUAAAAAAAUAUUAAUUCGAGACGGUACUGGGCGUGUGUUUAAUUACAAUUAUACGAAAGUAACACGUACGAAUGAAAAUGUGAAAGUGAUAGAGAUAGAAAAAGGAAAAGGUCAAAAAAGGAGAAAAAAAACGCAAAAAAAAAAGAAAAGAAAUAAAACGAAACAUUUCAGCUUCUGUUCACACUUCUGAGGGAACAUUAAUGUUUCCACGCGCCAUAUGUACGUGUUAUAAAAACAAAAAAAAAAAAAAGAGAACAAAAAACAACAAAAAGGGUGUGAAAAGUCGAUGACGUCUUUGUAAUCUAAAUUAAUGCGAACAUAUAUUAUUAUGUAUGAGAAAGACAAAGUACAGUGAAAACACCAUAGAAAACAUAAUUUGAAGUACGGGUUAUCGUUUAUUUUAGUCUGGCGAUUCCUUAUGUAUAGGUUUCUAGGCGAAGGUACAUUGUCAUAUAAGAUUUAUUAUGAAUGUGCUAAAUUUAAUGACAUACAAAUAAACUUUGAAAUCUAA